AUGCCUUCUUCACCAGUCGUUGGCAUCGUCGUCACACCCGGGGGAACGGACUAUAACGCCAUCAAGAACGCAUUAACCGCUGCCGCUGUGAAGGACGGCAGACUGACACCAGUCGACGCUUUGCUUAUUGCUCCCACGAAACGUCGAGCCGCUGACCCCGUGGAAGUCUGGUCAGCUGUAGGCACAUUUACCAAUGGGCCUGCGGGUUUGGAGACGGGUGUCAUUCUCACAACCGGACAGGCGGCAUCAGCGGCCCCCGGUGUCACUCUCGAUGGCUCCUGGAGCUACGGCCAAGACCGGAUGGUGCUUUGUCCUGUUGCACCAUCGUGCGAAUAUUCCAUUCUCCGCAUGAACAUCACGGCUCAGUCUGGAGUUCGGGCUCUUCGAGUGAACUAUCUCUUUGCAGAAGAGUAA